AUGUGGUUCAACGGGAGACAGUCCCGUUUCCUGGAAACGGAGUCCGGAAUCGCAGUCAUGCUGGAGAACUACGACAUCUACAACAGCUACAAGCCAAUUCGGCAACAGUUACCACCAAACUCAAAUUUUGAUCCUAAUCGUGAAUUCAAUGACAGAUUGUUCAAAGAAAGGAACUAUAUCAUCUAUCAUCCAAAGGGUAUUCGUACUGGAAAGGAAUGGGCAAAGAGUAAAGUGAGAUUUCAUAUCCGCAUCACUUCUAACCCAAGGCUGUUGGAUAGUCUAACUUCACUUCUAAAUGCCAAAACUGUUUACUGCACUACUCUUCUGAUUAAUCAGAUGAGAAAGGACAAUAACGGUGUAAUCCAGACGGUUUUCUCCACUGAGUUCUGCUUCGAGUGUUUGCGGUUUCAAACUCAAUUCGAAAAAGUACCAUUGGUCUUGGAUGAAAUAACAUUGGAGAGCGACUCAGGCGACAAUGAGAGCGGAGAAGGGACUAGUUCUAGCGGAUAA